UCAGACUAACACCUCCUAUAAUGGUAUUUAUCUGGUUCUAUGUGACUCUGUCUCCGCUAAUCAAUGGACCGUGGGCUAUAUCUGCGGGGGGCGCAUUAGCCACAGGAUACCAAUCUUGUGAAAAGUAUUGGUGGCAUAAUCUUUUUUAUAUCAACAAUUUUUUUGAUAUGACACAGAAUUGUUACGGCAUAACGUGGUACCUCGCUGUUGAUACUCAGCUCUAUCUUGUUGCUCCAGUGUUUCUCAUUAUGCUGUACAUGUCAUGGAUCGCCGGCUAUGUACUAAUAUGCUUGUGCAUAGCCGCUAGCAUAGCAUAUGUAUACUAUCUCACUAUCUCACAUGGCUUCCCCGCAAUCAUGAUGACAGCUUUCGCGAUGAAUGAUGCAGAGAAUUUUGGAUCGAAGAUUGCAGACUUUUUUGAUCUGUAUUAUCAGAAGCCUUGGAGUCGUUGUACGCCAUACUUAGUCGGAAUUGCAGUUGGAUAUUUCCUUGCUUCUGGGAAAAAACCAAAACUAAAUAACUUAUCUGUCGUGUCUCUUUGGGUACUGGCUGCAGCAACUGCAUUAGCAUCUCUCUACGGUCCGCAUCAGUAUAUAAAAGGAGAGAAUUACUGGAGCACUGUGGUGAGCGGAACCUACAACAACUUUUCAAGAUUUGGUUGGUCACUAGCAGUAUCCUGGGUCAUUAUAGCAAAUCAUUUGGGAUGGGGAGGCAUCAUCGCUGAAUUUAUGGACCAUCCAAUGUGGCAGCCUUUGGGCAAACUUUCCUAUAGCGGUUACAUUGUGCACUUUUUCUUCAUCACAUACAUUCUUAACCUAGAUGAUCGGCCAUCACAUUUCGUCUCAAUUUGGCGAUCGUACAUAUACGCGGGUAUUCCAACAGUCGUCGUCUCCUAUGUGUUCGCUUUCUUUUGGAGCUGCCUCUUUGAGGUGCCUAUUAUCAACAAGCAGGAACGGAAAUUACGAAGGAAGAAAAAAGCACUCCUGAGAAGCACCACCCCUAAUGAACAGAAUUAUUACUACGGGAAGUCGGGAAUAUAG